AUGCCUCCAAAAGGCAAGAAGCAAGAUGGACCAAGCAAAAAAACAGUGGAAAAGAAAAAGGAGAAAGUUAUCGAAGAUAAAACGUUUGGUCUGAAGAACAAGAAGGGUGCAAAGCAGCAGAAAUUCAUCAGUACUGUAACAAACCAGGUCAAACAAGGAAAUGUCAAAACUUCUAAGGCUGCAGAUCCAUUUCUUGACAGCAAAAAGAAAAAGGAAGAAAAGGCAAAAGAGAAAGAUCUUCUGAACACGCUGUUCAGGCCUGUGCAAUCAAUAUCUAAAGGUGCUGAUCCCAAGUCAGUUCUCUGUGCAUUUUUCAAACAAGGACAAUGUUCUAAGGGAGCUAAAUGUAAAUUCUCUCAUGACUUAACAUUGGAUAGGAAGGGAGAGAAAAGGAACCUCUACGAGGAUUCUCGUGACGAAGAUACCAUGGAUACUUGGGAUGAAACUAAGUUGGAGGAAGUUGUUGCAAAAAAACAUGGAGAAAAUGAAAAAACUAAACCAAAAACUGGUAUAAUCUGUAAACAUUUCCUGGAAGCUGUUGAAAAUUAUAAAUAUGGCUGGUUUUGGGAAUGUCCAGCUGGUGGGAAAAAUUGUCACUACAGACAUUGUUUACCCCCAGGUUUUGUGUUAAAGAGAGACAAGAAAAAGCUCGAGGAUGAAGAAAAAAUUUCAAUAGAGGAACUGAUUGAAAAAGAGAGAUCGGCGCUCGGACACAACACAACCCGAGUAACCUUGGAGACCUUCCUGGCAUGGAAAGAAAGAAAGCGGAAGGAAAGGAUUGCUGCUGACAAGAAAUCUAUGGAUAAGAAGAAAUCAGAUUUCAAAUCUGGAAAAACAUCUGGAAUUAGUGGGAGAGAAAUGUUUGAAUUCAACCCUGAUUUUGUUGCUAUGGAUGAUGACGAGGCUCAGGAGGGGACAUUUGAAAGAGAAGUAGACCCCGAUGGUGAACAAGAGGGAGUGGUGGACCUUAACCUUGAAUCUUUGGCGGGUCUGGCACAGAAGGUCGAUGGCACAGGUACUGUGUCUAAAACAUCUCAGAGACUUGGCAACACAAGUGGAGGUGGCGAUUCCACAGCAGCUACGGCCAGCAAAGGAGACGAAAAUGAGGAAGGCAAGCUAGACCUAGCAGGAGCAUUACCACCAAAACCCCCGAUACCAGAUACGGACGUGGCGAUAGCUGCAGCAAUGGCAGCAACAGUAAACGGGGAUACAAUAGAAAUUGACGAGGAUCUCUUCGAUGGAGAGGAUCUUGACCUGGUGGACGAAGACCUAGAAACACUGGAUUUGUCCGAUUAAUCUGUUUUCAAUAAGUUACCUCCUACUGGAUAAUAAUUCUGCCUUGAAAAAUAACAGUUACCUAAAUACUGGUAGAGAAUUAUUCAUACCUUGGAACAGUGAUAUAUGUAUGAAUUUACUGCAAGACGAUUGCGUAUCGGUGAUUGGAAUUAUUGGAAUGUUUUGGGUAGAGGAGCCUGACAGAAUAAUCUUGUCUACCCUGCAGUUCAAUCUCCCUGUGAAAACAUUGAUCACUGCAACAAUAGACAAUCUGGCGGUAUAUUUAGAUAAAUUAAGAGUAUCGAAGAACAUUCAAUGAUUUGUGUCUUUUAUGAACUAUUCUGAAAAGUGAGAAAAUGCAACGCAGUCAAAAAUGGCUUUAUUUAUGCACAUGCCCAUGCUUGGCAAGUUUUCCUCUGUGCAUGUAAAUAGAACAAUCUUUAGAAAUGUCGAUAGAUGUGUAAUUCCAGAAUAUAUGGUUAUGGGACAAAGCGUUCAUUUCAAUUCAAACGUUUACUGACAUUUCUGCUGAAGACAAGAUACUGUGGUUUUGCUCAUAUGCGAAUUUCAUGAGACUUUUAACUGUAUAUGAAAAUUAAGAAAUACGUUUUUGGUAUUUCUGGUAUUGUUUCCAAUAUGUUUCAAUUUGUAUGCAAUCUUACUGUCAGCAAAUUGUAAAACACAUCAACGACAGUCAAAGGUUUAUCGAGUGGUAUUAAUUCUGUCCUUUACAUAAUCCCUGCAAAUAAAGAGAGGAAGGUUGUAGAUGAA